AUGAUAACUGUGCUGGUGGACACAAGUGGAAGCCAGAAGGUACAAGGAAAAAAACAAGAGUGGAAAGUAGAAGUGAAUUCUGGAGGAGAAUGGAUUCCAGUAUCUGCUGUGAACUUCACAUUCCCCAAUGCCCAGGUCAUCUGUGCAGAGCUGGGGUGUGGCAAGGCUGCAUCUGUCCUGGGAGAUGUGUCUCUCACAGGAGACACUAGACAGGUGUUGGCUGAGCAGUUCUUAUGUGGAGGCCAGGAAACUAUGCUGAAGAACUGUCCCAGAGUGACCUUCCCUGGAGGCAGCAGCUAUAACAGGCAGACUGUUCAAGUAAUUUGUUCAGAGUAUGUAGAAGUCCAGCUAAUGAAAAAUGGCACAUCUCAGUGUGAGGGGCAGGUGGAGCUGAAUACUUCUGUGGGCUGGAGAGCGCUCUGCUCUUCCCACUGGAGUAUGGCCAAUGCUCAAGUUGUGUGCCGCCAGCUGGGAUGUGGAGUUGCCAUUUCCAUCCUAGAAGGAGGAGAGUAUUUUGUGGAAGGUGGUGGUGAGAUCUGGAAAGACAGACUCCACUGCUCAGGGGAUGAAUCCUUAUGGAAUUGUCCUGCGACUGCCCUGGGUGUACCUGUCUGUGUUGAACCUAACACAGCCUCUGUGGUCUGCUCAAGAAACCAGACCCAGCUGCUCCCUCAUUGUAAGGACUCACUGUCUGAUUCAACAGGCUCCACAGCCUCACCCAUACAGGCUAUCAGCUGCUCAGAUAGCAGAAAGCUGCGCCUGGUUGAUGGGGGUGGUCGCUAUGCAGGAAGAGUGGAGAUCAUGCAUCAGGGAUUCUGGGGCACCAUCUGUGAUGACAGCUGGGACCUGAAAGAUGCUGACGUGGUGUGCAGACAGCUGGGCUGUGGAGUGGCCCUCAAUGCCACAGCCUUUGCCUACUUUGGUCAAGGAUCUGGGCCUAUCUGGCUGGAUGAGGUGAACUGCACAGGAGAAGAGUUACAAGUUUGGAAAUGUCCUUCCUUGGGCUGGGGAAAACACAACUGUUGGCACAAGGAAGAUGCAGGAGUCAUUUGCUCAGCCCUCAACACUUUUAUUCCUGCCAGGGAAGGCUCUAGACCCCAGUGGGUGGAUGGAAUACAAUGUCGUAAAUCUGAUUCCUCUCUCUGGGAAUGUCCUUCUGAUGCUUGGAAAAAUGGAUCUUGUGUGCCAAAGGACGAAACUUACAUCACAUGUGAAGGACCAAGACCCAAGAGGUGUCCAGCCACUGACUCCUGCACAGACAAAGAGAAGCUGAGGCUCAGGGGUGGAGACACUGUGUGCUCAGGGCGUGUGGAGAUAUGGCACAAAGGCUCCUGGGGCACAGUGUGUGAUGACUCCUGGGGCCUGGCAGAGGCCGAGGUGAUGUGUCAGCAGCUGGGCUGUCGUCCUGCCCCGGAUGCCCUGGGAGAAGCUGCAUUUGGCCCUGGAAAUGGAAGCAUCUGGCUGGACGAGGUGCAGUGCCGGGGCAAGUCCUUACUGUGGGCCUGUGCUAGUGCGCCCUGGGGACAGAAUGACUGCAAGCAUGAGGAGGACGCGGGUGUGAGGUGUGCAGGCCAUAGAACUUAUUGCUUCUCUUACUCUUCAGGUACCAGUUCUAUCUCAGCACCUGUUCCAGGUCUCCUUUCAUUACCUGUGAUCAUCUGUAUCAUUCUGGGAGCCCUGCUUUUUUUGGUCCUUGUCAUCCUUGGAACUCAUCUGCACAGAUGGAGAACAGAAAUACGAGCCUUUUCAACUUUUGAAGAUCCUCUGGAUGACACCUUUUAUGAGGAGAUAGAUUAUGUGAUAACACCACAGAAGAACGACCUGUUUGAUAACUCAGGAAACCUGUUUGAGGAUUCAGUGACUAAGCUGUCCUAUGGUACAGAAGACAAUGAAGAAAAUGGAGACCUGGUGUCUGCCCCAGAACCUCUAACAAAGAAUGUUAGAGCCACAGAAAAUGGCUAUGAUGACAUGGAGGAGUUCCCUGUUUCUAAAAUUUCAUCUUCCCCUGAGAUGGUUGAGAGGCACAUUUUCCUGGAAGGUGGAGCUGUUUCCAGGAAUUCUCAGUCAGGCAUGUCGCUUCAAUCUCAAAGAGAACCUGCCAACCCCAGCACUGAAAAGAAGGCAUCUUCACUGUCACUGAGUCAAAAAGACACUGAAUAUGAUGAUGUUGAGCUUAUCAACUAA